CAUGCGCAGUAUCCUCAUAUGGCCUCUGGUCUUUUUCAGGCGCUUACGAUGCGCAGAGAGCUCGUCCUCUGCUCGGCGCUUCAACGCAACUGUCUGACGUCCAAACUCGGCUCGCGGAACUCUCUGGCCGACGGGGAAAGCCGCCGUGACCCUUCACACGCGCGUGGAUAUUACCUGCAGUCACGACUGGUGCUGGUGUAGCGGCGCCGGUUGUUGGUGUCCUCCCUCCUCGACCUCCGGCCCCCAGAGCCUCACCGCAUGACCACAGAUUCACGAGGCGACGCGGACCCUCCCUCUCUCUGGACUCUAGCCGUCUCAUCAGCCAUCUAUUUUCCCCGUGAAGGAGUGUGAACACCUCCGCUCGGGAUCGGUGGAGGCGCUCCCCCUUCCUGGUUUUCCUCGUAUAGAUACACGGAUUGUAUUUUUUCUCGCUGCGAGUCCGGUCCGGACUGUUUUCUCUCCUUUUUUUCCAACACUGGGGCGCGACUCGUGGGAUGCGACCACCAUGUCGGAUCUCAGCGAGCGCAGGCCGGUCAACGCGGACUACGCCGUCUCCCUGCUGGAGCAGCUCAAGUUCUUCUACGAGCAGAAGCUGCUGACCGACGUCGUGCUGCUGGUGGAGGACGCCGAGUUCCCGUGUCACAAGAUGGUCCUCGCCACGUGUAGCUCCUAUUUCAGGGCGAUGUUCAUGAGCGGCCUCAGCGAGAGCACGCAGACGCACGUCCACCUGAGGAACGUGGACCCGGCCACGCUGCAGAUCAUCAUCGCCUACGCCUACAGCGGCAACCUGGCGCUCAGCGACAGCACCGUGGAGCCGCUGUACGAGACGGCCUGCUUCCUGCAGGUGGAGGACGUGCUGCUGCGUUGCCGCGACUACCUGGUGAAGAAGAUCAACGCGGAGAACUGCGUGCGCAUGCUGAGCAUCGGCGACCUGUUCAGCUGCCGCGAGCUGCAGCAGAGCGCCAAGCGCAUGGUGGAGCACAAGUUCCCCAUGGUGUACCGGCAGGAGGCCUUCCUGCAGCUGUCCCACGAGCUGCUGGUGGACCUGCUGAGCAGCGACAACCUCAACGUGGAGAAGGAGGAGACGGUGCGCGAGGCGGCCAUGCUGUGGCUGGAGUACAACACGGAGGCGCGCUCGCAGCACCUGUCCUCCGUGCUCAGCCAGAUCCGCAUCGACGCGCUGUCGGAGGUGACGCAGCGCGCCUGGUUCCAGGGGCUGCCGCCCAACGACAAGUCGGUGGUGGUGCAGGGCCUCUACAAGUCCAUGCCCAAGUUCUUCAAGCCGCGGCUCGGCAUGACCAAGGAGGAGACGCUCAUCUUCAUGGAGGCGGCGUCGGAGGCGCAGGACGGCGGCGGCUUGGCGGCGUCCGGCUCGCCGCCCACCACGGUGGUGUGCUACAGCCCGCAGGCGGAGAAGGUGUACAAGCUGAGCGACCCGCCGGGCGACCUGCAGAAGGUGGGCACGCUGGUCACGCCGGACAACGACGUGUUCAUCGCCGGCGGCCAGGUGCCGCUCGCCAGCGCCAUCGCCGGCCGCGGCAAGCCGGCGGCGGCGUUCCGCUCGGCCGACAGCUUCUUCUGGUUCGACGCGCAGCAGAACGCCUGGGUGGCCAAGACGCCGAUGCUGUGCGCCCGCGUCAAGCCGUCGCUCGUCCACUGCGAGGGCCACAUCUACGCCAUCGGCGGCGACGACGUGGGCGGCGAGCUGAACCGCCGCACGGUGGAGCGCUACGACCGCGAGAAGGACGAGUGGAGCAUGGCGAGCCCGCUGCCCUUCGCCUGGAACUGGAGCACCUCGGUGGUGGCGCACGACUGCAUCUACGUGAUGACGCACGACCUCAUGUACUGCUACUUCCCGCGCGCCGACACCUGGGCGGAGAUGGCCACGCGGCAGACCAGCCGCUGCUUCGCCGCCGCCGCCGCCUUCGGCGACCUCAUCUUCUACAUCGGCGGCCUCCACGUGGUCGGCAACUCGGGCGCCCGGCCGCCCGCCGGCGCCGCCGACGGCCCCUCCGUCACGGUGGAGAUCUACGACGUGGGCAAGAACGAGUGGCGCCAGGCCGCCAGCAUCCCCGCCAAGCGCUACUCGGACCCGUGCGUGCGCGCCGUGGUGCUGCUCGGCUCGCUGUGCAUCUUCAUGCGCGAGACGCACAUGAACGAGCGCGCCCGCUACGCCAUCUACCAGUACGACGCGGAGCUGGACCGCUGGUACCUGCGGCAGCCGGUGUCGGAGCGCGUGCUCUGGGACCUCGGGAAGGACUUCCGCUGCGCCGUGGGGAAGCUGUACCCCUCGUGCCUGGAGGAGUCCCCCUGGAAGCCGCCCACCUACCUGUUCUCCCCCGACGGCGCCGAGGAGUUCGAGGUGGACGGGGAGCUGGUGACCCUCCCCCACGUGUAGCUCCUCCCCCUCUCGCUGACUGAACGGAGGGGGAGGCGGGGUUAAAUACGAGAGGUGAUCUCUGGACUUUGCCCAAAAAGAAGAAAAAAGAACCCCCCCCCCCCACACACACACACACACCUUUAAAAAAAAAGAGAAAAUAAUUACAAAAAUACAA